AUGCCAAGUUUUAUUUAUGCUGUAAGGGUGGGCCGCACGAAAGGACUUUUCUCCUCAUGGCAAACCCGGGCUGAAUGUGAGAAGCAAGUGAAAGGAUUUCCUAAUGCAAAAUAUAAAAAGUUCCCCACUGAAGCAGAGGCAAAUGCUUUUCUGAAUGAAGCGCAAACUGGUUCUUCCAAGAGGCCGAUGCAGAGUGAUUCACAAUCUAAUUCUAAAAGAAUUAAGCUUGAUACAAAAGAUGUUGAGAUGAAAUCAGGUGACAGAGUAGUUGUGUACACAGACGGGUGUUGCCACAACAAUGGAAAGUGUAAUGCUCGAGCUGGUCUCGGUGUUUUUUGGGGAACUUCGGACCACGAAGACAAUGUUAGUGAAAGAUUAGUUGGCAGACAAACUAAUAACAGGGCUGAAAUCAUGGCGGUGGUUCGUGCUAUCAAGAUAGCUAAGAAGAGGGAUUACAAAAGCCUGGAAAUAAGGACCGAUUCCGAAUUCUUAAUAAAUUGCAUAACGAAAUGGAUGGACAAAUGGAAAUCAAACAGGUGGAUGUUGUCGAAAGGAAAGCCUGUGGUGAACAGGGAGGAGCUGGAGGAACUCGAUGUUGUCAGUCAGGGCAUUCAAAUACAUUAUGUUCAUGUGAGGGGUCACCAAGGCGAAGAGGGCAACGAACAAGCAGAUCGACUGGCUAAUGAGGGGGCUAGAAAGUCGUGA